AUGACUAACCUUCCAGUAGUGGUAAUGGACAACGGUACCGGUGGAAAUAAUGAACCAUCCUUCGUUUUUCCAACUGCCAUUGCCACUCGUGAAGUCCCCGGUGGCAGUGGUAGACCGAGUCUUCCCAGUAAACCCUCAUUUUUGACUAGCAACUUAGCGUCAAAAAGAGGUAUUGAAGACCUCGACUUCUACAUCGGAGAUGAGGCAAUUGCACAAGCCAAAACAAUGGCAUUGAAUUAUCCAAUUCGUCACGGCCAAAUCAGCAAUUGGGAUCACAUGGAAAGAUUUUGGGAACAAUCUAUCUUCAAAUAUCUUCGCUGUGAACCGGAAGACCAUCACUUCCUUUUGACUGAACCACCUAUGAAUGCACCAGAAAACCGUGAAAUGACAGCAGAAAUCAUGUUUGAAUCCUUCAACGUUCAAGGUCUUUAUAUUGCUGUUCAAGCUGUUUUGGCUUUAGCAGCAUCCUGGACUUCCAGCAAAGUAACCGAGCAAACUCUAACCGGUACUGUAGUGGAUUCUGGUGAUGGUGUUACUCACGUCAUUCCAGUUGCCGAAGGCUAUGUUAUUGCUAGUUCAAUCAAAAGUGUACCUGUUGCAGGUAGCGACAUUACUUCGUUUGUCCAGCACCUGCUUCGUGAACGAGGCGAAACAAGUAUCCCUCCAGAAGACUCGUUCCGUAUUGCACAAGCUAUUAAAGAAGAUUACAGUUACGUUUGCCCGGAUAUUGUAAAAGAAUUCAAAAAGUACGAUCAAGAGCCUAGUAAAUAUUUCAAAAAAUAUGACGGUAUACAUUCAGUAACUGGCAAGAGUUAUUCAGUUGAUAUUGGUUUUGAACGCUUCCUUGCACCGGAAAUCUUCUUCAACCCAGAAAUUGCCAGUUCUGAUUUCUUAACACCUUUACCAGAAAUAGUAGACACAGUUAUUCAAACCAGUCCUAUUGAUGUUCGUAGAGGUUUGUAUAAAAAUAUUGUGUUAUCUGGUGGAUCUACUAUGUUCAAAGGAUUCGAUAAGAGACUUCAACGUGACAUCAAACGCGUUGUCGAUAAGCGUAUUCAAGACAGUGAAAAGAUGAGUGGGGGUGCUAUGAAGGCAACACCUAUGGAAGUUAAUGUUAUUUCACAUAAAAAGCAACGACAUGCGGUUUGGUUUGGUGGCAGUUUAUUAGCUUCUACUGGUGAAUUUUAUAAGUCAUGUCAUACAAAGGCCGAAUAUGAUGAGUACGGCCCCAGCAUAUGCCGUCACAACAGAGUCUUUAGCUCACUUUUGUAG